CUUUUUGGAGUUUGGAUUCCAAACACUAUGUUCAAUUCAUGGAUUUGAUUAUAACGGAAAGUAUUCCAACGAAUUUAUUCCGAAUGCAUCAAAAUACAUCAAACUUAUGUCGAAUGUUGCUCCAACAUUCGAUGAAAUAAUGUCUGGAUGCUUUUGGAAAGAUAAAAUUAAUUGUAAGGAUUUGUUUGAUCCUGUUUUAACAGAAGAUGGAAUUUGUUUCUCAUUCAAUUUAAUUAAAUCUGAAAAUUAUCAGAGUGAAUUAAACAACUUUGAAAAUAAUGAUCGCAAAAUAGACUGGGAUCUUGAACAUGGUUACAAUGAAGAAGCUCUAUAUUCUUUGGAAGCAUUCCCUUUUCAUGCAGUUGGAGCAGGAAUUACGGAAAGCUUUGUUCUGAAUCCAACAGAUAAAAUAGAAGACGAAGAUAAUAAAUGUAGAACUUAUUCGCAGGAUUUCAAAUUGAUUGUUCAAACUCCUGGAGAAGUACCACAAGUAAAAAAGAAUUUUAUUAACAUUCCAUUUGAUCAGGAUAUUUUGUUAUCAAUCAAGGCUCAAAUUAUGAAAACUUCUGAAGGAUUGCGACAUUAUACACCAGAGAGGCGCCAAUGCUACUAUCAAUAUGAACGGUUUUUGAGGUAUUAUACAAAGUAUACGCAAGCCAGCUGUGAAUUGGAAUGUCUGGCAAAUCAAACCCUUGCCAAAUGUGGAUGUGUCAAAUUUUCAAUGCCCAGAGCUUUAUCUCAUCCAAUUUGUGGAUGGAAAAAAUCGUCUUGCGCUGAUCAAGUCGCAAAUAAUUUUGUUAGUUGGAAAUUUAUGGCUAAAACAAAGGGUUUUGGUGAAAGUGCAUGUACUGGUUAUUGUUUGCCAACUUGUUUUGACAUCAAAUACAAAGCAGAGAUUGAACUACAAGCUCCUCGUGAUGGCGGUACCAACACUUUGUUUCGUCUAACAUCGUUGACAAUUAAAUUCGAAGAAGAUGUUGUCAAUGGUUUAAUACGUACAGAAUUGUACAGUAUAACAGAUUUUAUUGCAAAUUGUGGUGGAUUACUGGGACUUUUUAUGGGUGUUUCGAUUUUGAGUUUGGUGGAACUUGUUUACUUUUUUACUGUUAGACUGUUGUUGAACUUGAAAGCAAGAAGACAGAUACAAGAUGUGAAGCAAUGUUGGGAAAAGAAGUGAUCUGGUUAAUGAUUAAUGAUCAGUAAUUUCUCAUUACAAAAUGUAACCAGUACCUAAUUCAGAUUAAUGAUCAUUUAUUACCAUUAAUCAUUAAUCAAAUUAAUGAUUACCAGUUUUGUUUUAGUUCAAGUUACUUUAAUUUUUAGAACUCUUAUGUACAAAUUUGAAAAUUGUAUACAUAAUGUAUUUUAAAUUUUUAAAUGAAUUUGUGCUGCAAGAA